AUGCUCACCCAUUCCGAUAAUUUCGAGGGGCUUGUGCUGAAAGAUGUGGUUCCCAAGGAUCGCAAGCCACUAUGGAAGGAUGGGACUCUCCUCAAGCUGAAUGUUUUGCUACUGUGUGCCUUGCUCACUCAGAUUACCUCUGGGUAUGACAGUAGCAUGUUAAAUGGAAUGCAGUCACUCCCGCAGUGGCAAAAAUACUUCGGUUCCCCAAAAGGUGCUCGACUUGGCGCAAUGACUUUCGGUCCAAGCGGAGGAACCCUCAUUUCGGUUCUGGUCUCUUCUCAGCUAUGUGAGAAGUUCGGUCGUCGCUAUCCCAUCUGCGGAGGGUCUAUCAUUAUCAUUAUUGGGUCCAUCGUACAAACAGCAGCUAAGAACUAUGGCAUGUUUGUGGCCUCUCGCUUCUUGGUUGGGUUUGGACUGGGUAUUGUGGCUACUGCAGCACCGCCUCUUCUUUCUGAGGUAGCCUAUCCAACGCAUCGAGGCAUUCUUGUGUCAUUUUACUUGUGUACGUGGUCACUCGGCUCGUUGAUUGCAAGCUGGGUUACGUAUGGCACCUUCAAAAUGACAGACUCGUCCUGGAGCUGGCGCAUCCCCAGUGUCCUGCAAUGUUUCUUCUCUCUCAUUCAAGUUGUUUUCAGCCUGUUUGCUCCAGAGUCACCCAGGUGGCUCAUAUAUCAGGGACGCCGAAAGGAAGCGCUCGAUAUUCUUACCAAAUUCCACGGUUACGGUGACCCGAACUCGCGUCUUGUGCGUUUCGAAAUGGCCGAGAUUACGGCCACACUGGAGAUGGAGAAGGUGCAGAAACUUUCUCGCUGGACUGAGUGGACUGCCACUUCAGGCAAUCGUCAUCGUCUUUUCCUCGCUCUUUAUAUACCCGCGAUGCUCCAGUGGUCUGGGAAUGGGCUCACCUCUUAUUAUCUGACCAAAGUUCUCAAUACCAUCAACAUCACUGAUUCUAGAACUCAAUUGAUCAUCAACGGAUGUCUCUCCAUCUGGAGCUUCCUGACUGCCACCGUAUUCGCCACAUUAGUCGAUCGUGCUGGUCGAAGGCGCCUCUUUCUGUGCGGCAUGGGAGGCAUGGGAAUUUCCUAUAUCUUGUGGACUAUUUGUUCAGCCCUCAAUGAGGAGCGCGACUUUAAGGAUAAAGGCUUUGCUGCGGCUGUACUCUUGAUGAUCUUCAUCUUCAGUGCAUGCUACCAUAUGUGUUCACCUAUCGCGCCAACUUAUAUAAUGGAGGUUGUGCAGUAUUCGCUACGUGCCAAGGCAUCCAUGAUGUACCAACUGACAGGCAACUUGGCUGGCCUCUACAACAGCUUUGCCAAUGCCGUCGCCAUGGAUGCCAUUUCAUGGCGAUAUUAUAUCGUCUGGUGUUGUGUGAUCGGAGUACACUUUACCUUAAUAUAUUUCUUCUUUCCCGAGACCAAGGGAAAAGGCCUGGAGGAGGUUGCAGAAAUUUUCGAUGGACCUGAUGCCCUAGCAGGUAUCAAUGCCAUGAAAAGCAUGGGACUGGAUGUCAACGCAGAUAAGGCCGUUGCGAUUAGCUCUGGGGUAGAAACUGAGUCAGGUGCAGGAAAGACUGGGCCAAUCCACGUUGAGCGAGUUUGA